AUGGCUACGCAUCUAGUGCCUGACUUCUCCCAUGGGACUUAUGGGACAAGAUCUUCCAUUGUCCUACGACAACAACUUAUAGGUCUGCAGAAAAGAUUUCGUAAUAGAUCUGCUAUAACUAUUCAUGUAACAUUUACGUACUACAUCAUAGUUCUUGUCACUCACGCGGAAAUAAACGAUCUAUUCAGGAGAAAUAUUGGAAACAACAAGAACGCACAGACGAAAGACUGGCUAUAUAAAGAUUACGCGAAGAAAUUCGAUAUUCUUACUGUACAUCAAAGUAUUGAGGAAGAAUGUAAGAAAGCCGGCAAACUGUUUUCAACUAAGGAACAUUUAGAUAAGAUUAUGGCCAGAAUAGAUGAGACUGAUGAACUUUUAUCUCUGAAAAUUGAAAAAGGUGAUCCGAAGAUUGUGUUGGAUAGAGGUGGUCGUAGGGCUGCCGAGGGAUUUUAUUUACACAACGUCUUCAGACCGGGAGAAUACAAUCGUGAAGAGCCUAAAGAAGGACUGUGGGACCCCCAUUACGUAAGAUAUAGACUCAACGAGCUUAUGAAACAGCUUAUUUACACGACGAGAAACAAAAUGGUUGGGAUGCAGUUACUAAGGGCAGAAUUCAAGGAUCAAUCGUUGUAUAAAAUGGGAUUUUUAAUGAGUAAAACUGACGAGGCGGUGAAGAAUUUUAUAAGGUUUGCUCUGCGCAGUUACAGAGCUUGUACUCUUAAAACGAAAAACAUAUCGAAGAGACAUCAGCUGAUAGAUGUGUUGACCACGCAAGAGAGACUCCUUUUCAAGUGGUUUCAUAUAGAUUUACUCACUGAUUUGCUCGUAGAGAACGAUGAAAAUGCAAGAGAACUUAUGGUUAAUAUUACCUACGGCAGAAAGAAUGCUUGGAAAUUUAUUAAUUGA